GAGCUCUUUACUGCUGCAGCUUUUAGCAAACACCAACACUUUUAAGAGCUUUGUUAUCUCUUUAACUGCUGCAACUUUUAGCAAACACCAACAGUUUUAAAAGAUUUAUCUCUUUAACUGCUGCUGUUGUAGGAACGAAAAAUGACAAGCCAGGAAGUUAUGGAAAAGGACUUCUCAGAGGAGGCUCCUGUGAAGAACACAGACAUGGAGUUUACUGCUGAGGAUAUUCCUCGGAUUGUGAAGAUAUUCCAAGAGGCUGAUGCUGAUGGAAGCACAGGCCUAGAUGUGGACGAAUUCCGGGAGGCGAUGAAAAAGAUCGAUAUCAAUGCAGACGACAGCGAUAUGGAGGCCCUCCACAUGAAGAUUGACACAAACUGUGACUCUGUUGUGGACUUGGAAGAGUUACUGACCUUCCUAGAGCAAAAAAACAAGACCGCAAAAAAUAUGGAUUCCAAAAAAGUCUUCCCUAAACCUUUAGAGAUCGUGAAAACGAAAGAUCGCAAUCCUAUAGUGAAAAUGAUCUUCUGUCCUUUAGAAGGCGUCAGUGACCCCGACCAUUACUUCAAGGAUCCAACAGAACAAGAAAGACCGUUUGUGGAAGGCCAAUAUCACUCCAUCACCUCCGGGGGUGUCGUCAGUUUCUGGUCCGACAGGUUUGACAGUCCUCGGACUUUGUCACUGUACAAAGAUAAAGCAAAAUUGCCUUUCUCUCACAAGAAGAAAGUCUGUGUGAACGACGCGGUGUUCCUGCCAGAACUGUCACAGUUAGCUGUGUGUGGUAAUGACAGAGAGGUGAAGUUCUAUAAAUACAUCGAAAAGUUGGACAUGCUUUACAUCAGCCACAGUUUGAUUGUGGAGGACCAACUAGUGAGUUGCAUGAACUACUGGUCCGACGGCACCAAGGCAGUGUUCGCUAUGAGUGACACUAGGGGGUUUCUAUAUAUUUUUACCUCUAACAAUGUACGUGCCUAUGGCCUCUUCUGCAAAGAAAGCUAUGAAGAAAUCUCUCUGAUGGAUUAUCCAACUGUUUAUGUUUCUUCCCUCAUGGAAAACACAUCUCCAAGAUUUAUGAAUGCCAAAGUCUCCACCUUUAAAGACAGCUGGAACCAGAUCACCCAGAUCAGCUACAUUCCAUCUCUUAACUCACAUGCGGUUUGUUGUAGCUCAUCCAAAGAAAUGAUCCUUGUUUCCCUGUCCAAGCAAACCAAACUCAGAGCCCAUAAGACAACCUUCAGGAGUGACCGAUGUGGGGCGUUUUUCACCUGUGUUGAAUACCUGCCUGGUAAUGAACGCCUAGUGACUGGUGGUAUGAAUGGCUCAUUGUACGUGUGGAUUCCGGAUUUCCCAGAUAUGUGUGAACAGGUACUGAAAGGACAUAGAAAGCCAAUCAAAUAUAUCAUGGAUAACAAACUGGACAAAGUACUUAUCAGUAUAUCCGAGGACAAAAACGUACGUGUGUGGAACACAGUGACCUUGGAGUGUAAUCAAAGUAUGUAUGUUGACAACCUGCCGAGGUCCCAGAUGACGGGGGCUUAUUAUAACACUCUUAACAACGAGCUAGUCGUGUCAACCUCACACCAUGUUGUAAAAAAUCUGGGACGAGGAACCGAUUUAUUCCAGAGAUUGCUAACAUCCCAUGACAAGCCCCUGUGCGCUGCCCUCUACCACAGCAUUUUCAAACAGCUGGUCUCUGUCUGCCAAAACGGCGUGGUAAAAGUGAGGGACAUCACAACUGGAAAGGAAAUCAUACAGUUCAAAAUCACUCCAGACCAGCAAGAGGGUCUCUACGCUGUUACAUUCGAUGGUCCACAACGCAGACUGAUUACAAUCGCAAAGGAUGGGAAAGUAAAACUGUGGAACUUCAACACCGGACAACUGCUUGAUGUUCUACCUGUCACUGUGCAGAAGGAGGUCACAGCUAUUCUUUGCAGAGAAGAGAAAAUCUACGUGUCAGGAAGGAACUCCAGUACCAUUUUUAUCCUGGAUCUGGAAAAUAAUGACCACAGCUUUUUGGAGCACGCGUUUUUAACAGAUAUCUCCUCCAUGGAUUUCUAUGAGAACACACUGACUGCCACCUCCAGCAACGGAAACACUGUUGUCUGGGAUGUUGAGGCUGAAAAGGCAAUCUACUGGAUCAAUCCGAGCAAGAGUCCCCAGACAAAUAUGGUGAACGCAAAAAGUAAAGAACAGAUGGGACGGACAGGAAAUCUGCGUGCUCUGAAGAGAAAGAAGAAAGUCAAAUGCACUGGAACAACAAACCUCAGUGCACUGCAAGGGGAGAUGGAUUGUGUGAAAUCCUUACAUUUGAAGACCAGGGAUAGCAAAGCAGACACAGCCACACUGCUGACCUCUGCAGACGGCUACAUCUUUGCCUAUUCUCCUAAAAUCAAGGGAGGUCUGAUAGGAAAGUUCAGGGCAGUGAAAGAUGAUGGUGCCGUCAUUACCGCCAUGACAGUUGAUGUUGAGGAACAUAGUUUACUUGCAGGGGACAGUAAAGGGAGGGCCUAUGUGUGGGACAUCCAGAAUUUUUGGGAUGGAAAACAGUCAUUCAAAGACCCAUUUGAGGACAUCAAAGGAUGGAGAGUGUCAGUGUGUCCCCCCCCUCUGUUGGCAUCCUGGCAAGCUCACCAUAAAAGGGUGGUGGAUAUCGGGUUUGAAUCUACAUGUGGGAACAUAUUCACUGCAGGGUAUGACUGCAAAGUGGAGCUAUGGACCAAAACAGGCCGCCACAUAGGCCUCUUUGGGAAGGACUCAUGGGAUUUAACGACUUCCAGUCCUCAAAUGAGUGAUGACCUGGAGUUCAAGGAAAGACCAGGCACAGAAGAGGAUAACAACCAGAAGCAAGCAGAAAGAGCAGGCACGUGGACGCAUGAUGACCAGGAGCUAGAAGAAAAUCCAGACAUGAUAUGGGACUAUGAAAACUCUGAUGAAUGCAAGAAAGUUGAAAAACUACUUCGAGAAUUGGAAGAAAGGUAUGGAAAACCUGGCAAGAAGAGCCAGUGCACGGCUGAACUGCUGAAGACUCCGAUGUCCAAAGAGGAAAUGGACAAAGCAGAUGGAGGGGCAAUGAGGGUAGUUCCAGAGUAUGAUCUAGCUAAAAAAGACAAGGAUGAAAACGCACUCCGCAAGUUGAAGGCUAAACCGCCAAAGCCUAAACCGCCAAAGCCCCAAGAUGAACCCUUGUUCUUCUGUGGAUACAGACUCUGCCCACCUGACCCCUUGCCAGAAACUCAGAUAUAUAGCCGAAGGGCCAAAUAUGGACGUGUGAUCAGGAUUCAGCAGAGAGAAAUAGUAAAUGACAAGACCUUCACACCAUGUCCACCAAAUGACAGGACCUUCACACCAUGUCCACCAAAUGACAGGACCUUCACACCAUGUCCACCAAAUGACAGGACCUUCACACCAUGUCCACCAAAGCAAGACAGGUUUCAGCAAACACAAGAGUGUGUUGGUCCAACAUCGACCCAUGAUCUGCUUCAACAAAAGCAAGACCCCGCAGAGCUGGAGCUCACCACAGGCAGUCCUUCCAUGAGCUCACACUUCACCCAGAGACAAAAAACUUUACUCACUGAGAGGUCUAAGCUACCACCUAACACCCUUAAUCAACAACCUGAACGAAAACCAAAGCCGCUUCGUUUACCACCAAUCCAUGAUAGGGUUACCAAGCUCACCACAGGCUGUGACAGUCCUUCCACGAGCUCACACUUCACACAGAAACCAAAUCCUUUGGCCAUUAAGAGGUCUAAACUACCACCUAACACCCGCAAUCAGCGACCUGGACCAAAACCAAAGCAUGUUUGUUUACCACCAAUCCAGGAUAGGGUUACUCCGCCUACUACAGGCCAUGCUAAGCCCUCUGGUUACUCGGGUUACAUAUUCGUUCUGCCCAACCCACUGACGUCCAAACGCACCCAAAAAGUUGUCGUCCUACCACCAAUACUUAAAAAGAUCAGCACCAACAUCCGCCUCAGCAUACCAGGCCAUUCUAAGACUCAUUAAUCAGCAACAUCCACCUCCAACGUUUUGGUUUACUCCGAGCACUUCGGUUUUCCCAAAACAUCAAAUGAUAUUAAAGUAUCAACAAAUAAAUUCUAAGAAUCAACAUUG